UUACAGGUCAGGUCGACCUGGGGCCGCACCAGCCAUUCCUGGAAGGUUUCAGAACAUGUUUCCUUUGGCAUCGGGCCAGGUCUAUGGACGAAAUAUAUGAUACUUUGGCUGAACGUCUGGUGCCAACUGCAGCAUCAGGAACAAAUACCAGUUUAACGCAUAUUGUGGGCUUAGCGGGCCCUCCAGGAGCCGCAAAGACCACCGUUGCUCUAGAGGUUGCUAAGAGUGUAAACAAAUUAUGGCCUCAAAAAGCAUCCGGAUUCGCUUCUCAAGUUGAACCCCCAGAAAGCGCAGUAGUUCUUCCGAUGGACGGUUUCCAUCUCUACCAUCACCAGCUUAAUUCAGUGGAGGAUCCGAAGGAAGCGUAUGCAAGAAGGGGAGGUGAGCUCCUUCACUCGUAUCACAUAAGUUGUUUUUAAAUGUGUCAAUAGCUUCAAAAAGUUUAAGCGGAAUUAGAAAGAGAACGAGAGGCCCGACAAAACAUAGAAGCCGGUUUCGAACACUUUCAACAAGAGCGUGAAAAAGAGCGGGCCAACCAAGACACAUGGCGAAAAAUAUGGAAGAAAUGGUGAAAAACAUCAGAAAGAAGUAAACAAAGCUCUCGUUUUGUUAAGUAUUGGAAUGUUGGAUUAGUUUUGAAUAAAAAAACUUGCUCUUAAUUAGGAUUU